GUCAAAUCAUAUUUCAACAAUAAAUCGAAUUGCAAUUUCCAUGCUGAAGCUGAUUUUCAAGUAUUGACGCGUGUUUUUUUUUAAUUUACUAUUAGUUUAUUGUGAUAAAUAAUCAAUCUAGUGUAAUGAAAAUAGGUAAUCACACUGAAAACAAUGAAGAGGGCAAGUUCUAACUUGAUAGAAGAUGAAACGAAGUUAUCCGGAUUGUUGUUUAACAAAUCGAAAAAAAUUGUAGAAAAAUUGAAGAAGAAUAUUGAGAAUAAUGAAUUUGUUGAUAAUCAGCCUGUGUGGUUUGAUGAAGAUGAUAACCAUUUGGCCGCAAAUACAAUACCUAAUAAGAAGAGUAAGGCUCUGCAAUCUGAAAGGCUCAAACAAAAAUAUGAAAGUAUUAUGGGAACUCCUAACUGGGCUAAGCUAGGACAAAUUCCAGAAAAUGAAGACGAGUCAGAAAUAACUAAAAAAGUUGGGCAUGUUCAUAAAAAGAAGUCUUUAAAUCUGCCUAAAGAUUACCUUGAAAUUAGGAGAUUCCCAAACAUAAACAAUGAAACUAAAUCUGAAGGAAAAGUUAUUUCAUGUGUUGAGUUCCAUCCAAAAUUAAGUGUAGCAUUAGUUGGUGGUCAAUCAGGGAUAGUUUCAUUGUUUUCUAUUGGCGGUGACACUAACAAUAAACUUCACAGCUUCAGGUUGAAAAAAUGGAAAGUUACUUCAGCUUAUUUCUCACCAGAAGGAUCGGAGGCAUAUUUGGCUUCAGAAGCAGACCAUUCCUAUUGUUUGUAUAACCUUGUUAAGGCGGAGCCAAAACUGGUUCAACUUCCGCAUUGUGUGAAAAAACCAAAAAUAUUUAAGCUUUCACCAAAUGGCAAAUAUCUUGCUGUAGCUGAUGGUUUUGAUGAAAUCCAUAUAAUCUGUGCCAAGUCAAAUGAACGAUUAAGGGCACUAAAACACAAUUCUAGUGUUGUGUCUGUAGCUUUUAGCCAUAAUAGUGAACAAAUGUAUUGCUAUUGUGCCCAGGGAGAAAUAACUAUAUGGGACUUGUCCACAUACAGAGCCCUGAAAAAAUUCUAUGAUAAUGGCUGUGUUAAUGCAUCAUGCAUAACUGACAGCCCUUGUGGUAAAUUAUUGGCUGCAGGAAGCAAGGAGGGCAUUGUCAAUGUCUAUGACAGAUCUAGUUUGGACAGCCCUUCACCAUUUCCAUUGAAGACAAUUUCAAAUUUAACUACUAAAAUAACUGACAUUAAAUUUAAUGCCACGUCAGAAAUAAUAGCAAUUUCAUCCAAUUGUUACCCGAAUGCUGUUAAACUGGUCCACACUCCCUCAUAUCAUGUAUUUAGCAACUUCCCAAAACAAUCAAUUACUUACAACAAUAUACAAACUGUUAAUUUUUCGCCAAACAGUGGAUAUAUGGCUCUUGGUAAUGAUAAAGGGCUUGCCUAUUUAUUUAGGCUUAAAUACUAUAAGAAUUAUUAAGUUAAUAAACUUUGUUUUUAAAGAAA